AAAUAAUUAAUUCCGUAACUAAACGCACCCGACGUAGCUGUCAUUCUGUCAAUGUCAAACUCAAAAAACAAAUAACCUCUCUUGUUCUAUCAUUUGCUUCACUGCGUUUGCUUGUUGUUAACAUUGUAUUGUGUGUGUGUCUUCUUAUUUUUGUGUUUACGAAGCGAACGCUAAAAGGCCGUUGGCAAACCGUUAAGCUGAGUUACCAAACUGAUGCUGCCGAUGGAGGAGGAGAAUGCGGCUCCGGGGGAGGCGGAGGAGGGUAGCGCAGCGCUACAUGCUCGCUUAGUAGCGCUCGUGCGCGCCGCUGGUGGCGAACCGGAGGGGCGUGUGGGCGUAUGGAUGGAGCACUCGUACGCGCGCGCCAAGAGCGGCGCCGCCGUCCGCGAGCUGCUCGCGCGGCCCCCGCCCGCCGAGCAGCCGCUCGACGUCGGCGGGCCCGAGGACUGCGAUCCGGCCCCCGAUACACAGGAAACCGAUGACGUCGAUCCUGAGUGGGAAGCACGUGUGCUGGCACUAGCACCUAGCACGAUGCACGCCCGAGCCGCGCGGGCCGCGUUAGAUGCGCUCCGAGCUUUCCGACUCGCGCGCCUCGCUUCAGCCGGCCACGCCGAUGCGAGUAUAAUGAGAGACCAGGCGCGAACUGCUGCAAGAGCUGUACGCCGAGCGCUAGCGCCACUGUGGGCGGCUCCCAACGGUGGCAGCGGCGUGGCGCCGUGGCUGCACGGCGCCAUGCUGGCGCACGGCAGCCAGUGGGCGGCGGCGCUGUGGCGCGAGCUGGGCGGCGAGUGGCGGCGCGCCGUGCCGCGCCUGGCCGCGCGCCUGCUGCCGGCGCCCGCGCCGCCCGCGCGCGACCCGCUGGCGCGCGUGGGGCCGCCGGUGGACAAGGACGCUCCAGGCCCCUGGCUAGUGUGGAUGUGCGCGCGCGGCUCGGACCGCUGGGCGCGGCGGCUGCGCGCGCUGGUGCACGUGCGCGAGGUGCGCGCGGCCUCGGCCGGCCUCGCGCCCGGCGCCGCGCCCGGCCUCGGCCCCGGCCCCGGCCCCGGCGCCGGCCCCGAGGCCUGGUGCUCCGCGCUCAUGGCCGCCGCGAGGGCCGCGCUGCUCGAUGUGCUCGCUGAGGCUGGGUCCCAUCCAGUGGUGGUCGGCGGAGCGGGCGCGGGAGCCGCCCUGUGCGGCGCGCUGCUGGCGGGCGCCGGGGGCGCCGGCGACGGGGCGCUGGCCCGCGUGCGCGCCCUGGCGCUGCUGGCGCCGCCGCUGCUCACGGCCGAGGGCGAGGCCACGCACCUCCACCGGACCGAGAUGGAACUCCCCCUCCUAGUGGUGGCCGGGAGCGCAGGCGCCACGUGCCCGCGCAGCCUGGCCUGCGAGCUGGCGGCCGGCGGCGGCGCGGCGCGGCGGGUGCUCGUCGUGCGCGGCGCCGACGACGCGCUGCGGCUGCCGGCGCGGCUCCGGCGGCGGCUCGUGCCGCAGCACGCGCUCGACGCCGCCGUGGCGGAGGAGGUGGCUCGCUGGGCGCUGACGGCCGCCGAGGGCGAUACGCUGCGCCGACCAGCCAGGAAAAGCGCGGGUGCAGGUGAAGUGGUUGAGGAGCGACACACGACGAUGCAGAAUGCCCGCGGCUUAAUACGCGAGAUAGAGCCAGCUGCUGAGAGCGCGCGUCCCGUGCCCCGCGGGCCGCGCCGCUCGCUGGCCGCCGUCCCGCCGGCGCCGCUCCCGCCGCCGCCGAGCGCCGAGCCCGCCGUGGACGAGCUGGACAUCAUGCAGCUGCCCAUCGUGUUCGCCGACGACGAGCCCGCGCCCACCCCUGACCCGCCGGCGCCGCUCCCGCCGCCGCCGAGCGCCGAGCCCGCCGUGGACGAGCUGGACAUCAUGCAGCUGCCCAUCGUGUUCGCCGACGACGAGCCCGCGCCCACCCCGCCCGUCCAGCGACCUGGUAGUGACCCGCCGGCGCCGCUCCCGCCGCCGCCGAGCGCCGAGCCCGCCGUGGACGAGCUGGACAUCAUGCAGCUGCCCAUCGUGUUCGCCGACGACGAGCCCGCGCCCACCCCGCCCGUCCAGCGACCUGGUAGUGACCCGCCGGCGCCGCUCCCGCCGCCGCCGAGCGCCGAGCCCGCCGUGGACGAGCUGGACAUCAUGCAGCUGCCCAUCGUGUUCGCCGACGACGAGCCCGCGCCCACCCCGCCCGUCCAGCGACCUGGUAGUGACCCGCCGGCGCCGCUCCCGCCGCCGCCGAGCGCCGAGCCCGCCGUGGACGAGCUGGACAUCAUGCAGCUGCCCAUCGUGUUCGCCGACGACGAGCCCGCGCCCACCCCGCCCGUCCAGCGACCUGGUAGUGACCCGCCGGCGCCGCUCCCGCCGCCGCCGAGCGCCGAGCCCGCCGUGGACGAGCUGGACAUCAUGCAGCUGCCCAUCGUGUUCGCCGACGACGAGCCCGCGCCCACCCCGCCCGUCCAGCGACCUGGUAGUGACCCGCCGGCGCCGCUCCCGCCGCCGCCGAGCGCCGAGCCCGCCGUGGACGAGCUGGACAUCAUGCAGCUGCCCAUCGUGUUCGCCGACGACGAGCCCGCGCCCACCCCGCCCGUCCAGCGACCUGGUAGUGACCCGCCGGCGCCGCUCCCGCCGCCGCCGAGCGCCGAGCCCGCCGUGGACGAGCUGGACAUCAUGCAGCUGCCCAUCGUGUUCGCCGACGACGAGCCCGCGCCCACCCCGCCCGUCCAGCGACCUGGUAGUGACCCGCCGGCGCCGCUCCCGCCGCCGCCGAGCGCCGAGCCCGCCGUGGACGAGCUGGACAUCAUGCAGCUGCCCAUCGUGUUCGCCGACGACGAGCCCGCGCCCACCCCGCCCGUCCAGCGACCUGGUAGUGACCCGCCGGCGCCGCUCCCGCCGCCGCCGAGCGCCGAGCCCGCCGUGGACGAGCUGGACAUCAUGCAGCUGCCCAUCGUGUUCGCCGACGACGAGCCCGCGCCCACCCCGCCCGUCCAGCGACCUGGUAGUGACCCGCCGGCGCCGCUCCCGCCGCCGCCGAGCGCCGAGCCCGCCGUGGACGAGCUGGACAUCAUGCAGCUGCCCAUCGUGUUCGCCGACGACGAGCCCGCGCCCACCCCGCCCGUCCAGCGACCUGGUAGUGACCCGCCGGCGCCGCUCCCGCCGCCGCCGAGCGCCGAGCCCGCCGUGGACGAGCUGGACAUCAUGCAGCUGCCCAUCGUGUUCGCCGACGACGAGCCCGCGCCCACCCCGCCCGUCCAGCGACCUGGUAGUGACCCGCCGGCGCCGCUCCCGCCGCCGCCGAGCGCCGAGCCCGCCGUGGACGAGCUGGACAUCAUGCAGCUGCCCAUCGUGUUCGCCGACGACGAGCCCGCGCCCACCCCGCCCGUCCAGCGACCUGGUAGUGACCCGCCGGCGCCGCUCCCGCCGCCGCCGAGCGCCGAGCCCGCCGUGGACGAGCUGGACAUCAUGCAGCUGCCCAUCGUGUUCGCCGACGACGAGCCCGCGCCCACCCCGCCCGUCCAGCGACCUGGUAGUGACCCGCCGGCGCCGCUCCCGCCGCCGCCGAGCGCCGAGCCCGCCGUGGACGAGCUGGACAUCAUGCAGCUGCCCAUCGUGUUCGCCGACGACGAGCCCGCGCCCACCCCGCCCGUCCAGCGACCUGGUAGUGACCCGCCGGCGCCGCUCCCGCCGCCGCCGAGCGCCGAGCCCGCCGUGGACGAGCUGGACAUCAUGCAGCUGCCCAUCGUGUUCGCCGACGACGAGCCCGCGCCCACCCCGCCCGUCCAGCGACCUGGUGAGACACUAGUACCGCAGGUAGUGACCCGCCGGCGCCGCUCCCGCCGCCGCCGAGCGCCGAGCCCGCCGUGGACGAGCUGGACAUCAUGCAGCUGCCCAUCGUGUUCGCCGACAACGAGCCCGCGCCCACCCCGCCCGUCCAGCGACCUGGUGAGACACUAG